AUGUCACUCUCCUGGAGUCUGCUGCUGGCGUUCCUGUUUGCCAUCCUGGCACAGUCACACAGCGCCGAGCCUGGAGCUCCUCAUGGCAAGAGGAGGCAAGCACAGACCUCAGCAGGUGGCAGCAAUGCCCUGCAGUACCCUCUGCAGGGCCUGCAGGCCCAUGGGUACAGCAGGGAGCGCAGAGGGCACGGCAGCCAGGGGGCUCGCACUGCCAAAGGUGGAGCCGGGCUGCUCUCCCACCGGCCCCUGCACCCAUUGGCCAGGCCUGAGGAUGAUGGAACAGGCCUGGAGGGUCUGAGCCCUGUCAGACUAGAGAUGGGUCCAGGCAGGGACAGAGACAGAGUUCGAAUGGGCAUGAAGAGUCCAUCCCAGGCUCGGGAGAAUCACCUCAUGGGGACACGCAAGGGGAGAGGGCAUGGACACGGGAAUGGGCACCACUUUGAGCCCAGGAGGCAAGGGAGCCGACGUGACAAGGGGCGGCACAGAAAAGGGUUUCCUCCAGAGCCUGAGCUGAGCUCUGCGUUGAAGGACAGAGAUCUAUUUGAGGAUCCUCCCUCCUCCUCCUCCUUCUCUUCUGCCACCUCCCCCUCCCUCAGCGCGACCCCACCCAGCGAACCCCCCUCCCCCAACAUCGGCGUCUUUGGCUCCGGCUCCUCCAUGGUUACCACGGUGAUGAACGAGCAUCCCCCAACGUUGCCUCCGGCCUCCACCAAACCCCAGAGGUCUGGACGUGGAAAAGGACAAGGAGAGGUGAUGCCAACGUUGGACAUGGCGCUCUUUGAUUGGACAGACUACGAGGACAUGAAACCUGUGGACACCUGGCCGUCUUCCAGGAAGAAAGACAAGAGGAGGAGUAAGAACCUCAGCAGUGGAAAUGUGACUGCAGAUGCUGACGCAAUCGAGCCAUGUGACCACCACCUGGACUGCCUGCCAGGUUCUUGCUGUGACCUGAGACAACAUGAGUGUAAACCUCACAACAGAGGCCUCAACAACAAAUGCUUCGAUGACUGCAUGUGUGAGGAAGGGUUUCGCUGUUAUGCUAAAUUCCACCGGAAGCGACGUGUGACCAGGAGGAGGGGUCGCUGCGUGGUGCCAGAGUCAGUGAGCAGUGACAAAGGAGGCUUCAUCACUAUAUGA